UCUAGUGAGGAUGGCUCGUCCAACCCGAGCGCCAGAAAGCUGGUUUCUGAAGAUGUGUUCUUCCCUUAGAUAGAGCGUGGUGGUGCACGCCGGGAAGCGAUUUCCAGGGGUUCGAAGCCAGGCUAGGCUGCACAGUGAGCCCUGAACAGAAAACUGGCAGGAACUUCCCCUUGCCCGGCUCUUGGGAAGCCUUGAUGGAGCACUCCUCGGGUAGACUCGCUUGUGAGAGACAGGCGCGGCCGGGGGCCGCCUAACCCCGGCAGUUGACUUACCCUGAAUCCCAGCCUCUGCUGCUUUGCGGAGGCUUUUUUAAAGAUCAGACAGGUUUUCAUGUAUCUCUGGCCACCUGGCUGGCCUUGAACUUGCUGUGCAAUAGAGGAUGACCUUGAAUUUCCGAUCUUCCUUCUGCUUCCUGGGUGCUGAGAGUAAGGGGCCAUGAUACCUACCAGACUUCUUUUGGCAAGGUCCUCCACUGUGUUGGGUAUUUCAAAGUGGGCUCCAUCCACAUGGGCUCCCCUGAAGCUCAGCCAGCUCCAUUCACUGCAGGCAUCAUCUAGAUUGUUCUCUCUGGGCACUGUAGACCAUGCUAAGCACCAAGAGGCCUCCGGAAAGAAGCUGCUGUCAGAGAAAAAACUGAAAAGACAUUUUGUGGAUCACCGGAGAGUUCUAGUCCGUGGAGGAAAUGGAGGAUCCGGCAUGAGCUGUUUCCACAGUGAACCCCGCAAGGAGUUUGGAGGUCCUGAUGGCGGGGAUGGAGGAAAUGGUGGACACAUCAUUCUGAGAGUUGACCAGCAGGUGAAGUCCUUGUCCUCGGUCUCGUCCCAGUACCAGGGUCUCAGUGGAGAAGAUGGUGGCAGUAAAAACUGCUUUGGGCGGAGUGGUGCCUCCCUCUACGUCCAGGUUCCUGUGGGUACCUUGGUGAAAGAGGGAGGUGAGGUUGUGGCUGACCUAUCUCACCCAGGAGAUGAGUACAUUGCUGCACUGGGGGGUGCAGGAGGAAAAGGCAAUCGCUUUUUCCUGGCCAAUGACAACCGUGCCCCUGUAACUUGUACCCCUGGACAACCGGGUCAGGAGCGGGUCCUCUACCUGGAGCUCAAGACAAUGGCCCAUGCUGGGAUGGUUGGCUUCCCCAAUGCUGGGAAAUCUUCUCUUCUUCGAGCCAUUUCAAAUGCAAAGCCUGCCGUAGCUUCCUACCCAUUCACCACCUUGAACCCUCACGUGGGGAUCGUUCACUAUGAAGGCCACCAACAGGUCGCAGUGGCAGACAUCCCAGGCAUCAUCCGAGGCGCACACCAGAACAAGGGCCUGGGGCUCAGCUUCCUCAGGCAUAUUGAACGUUGUCACUUCUUCCUGUUUGUGGUAGAUCUUUCCUUGCCUGAGCCGUGGACUCAGGUUAAUGAUUUAAAAUAUGAACUAGAGAAGUAUGAAGAAGGCCUAUCUGGGAGGUCCCAUGUGAUCAUCGCAAAUAAGAUUGAUCUCCCGCAGGCCAGAGCCCACCUGCCCCAGCUCCAAGCCCGCCUAGGACAGGAAGUCAUCGCCUUGUCAGCACUGACUGGAGAGAACCUGGAGCAGCUGCUUCUGCACCUGAAGGUGCUGCACGAUGCUCACAUGGACGCCGAGCUGGAGCAGGGCCGCCAGCCCUUCAGGUGGUAGUGGGCACAGGGAUUCAUGCCCCUGGGCCAGCAUGGGGCAAGGGUGGCCAGCAGUCACCGGAAGCAAACACAAACCUAUUAUCAAGUGUGGGCAGCGUUGAACACCUGAGAGAAAGUACUUGGAAAUAUUUGAGCGUGUCAAUGUCUUUGUUUUCACACCAAUUUGGAGCACACUCCUGAACUGCCCCCACCCCCUGGCCUAGGGUGAUGGGUACUCUGUGCCACCUGACUGCCCCCACCCCCUGGCCUAGGGUGAUGGGUACUCUGUGCCACCUGGUACCUGAACUGCUCCCCAGUGCUUGUACGCCUGUCACCCUUGCUGACUGGUUUGCCGAGGUUGACUCAUUUGUGCUAAUUAACACCUCAUUAGUAGGAGGACAGUGCUGCUGGCUGAAGGUAGCAAACACUGCUGCCAGGCGGCCUGGGCAAACGCAACAGAGCAGCGGAGCCAUGGCUGGGCUUCUCGUGCAUGGCGGUAUUUGCGACAGCAGCCUUGGCUUCUUGUGGGGCUGGGUCUGCCCACAGUCCCGCAGAGCCUUGUUGGUGCCAUCUACUGUGCUAGCAUGUCAGGGAGGUGGGGUGCAGUGGCCAUGCUUUGUUCUCCAGUGCCAGCUGACUGAGGAAAACAGCAAGGGCCAGCUCCUUCCCCGUUGUUCCCAGAACAACGCUGUGCUGAGCUCUGUGGGGGCUGAACACCAAGGCAGCCUUGAGCUUCACGACUGAAUGCACCCAAUAUCCGACCCAGGCACGCAGCCUCUGGCUGUGCAUCAAGGAUGCGCCAGCAAGUUGUCAACCAAAGGAGAUGUGAACCUUGAAUUUCUGGCAUUAUUCCUGAUAGGUGGCCUCAGCUCAGCAGGGCAUAUGAAAGAAUGGCAGGGUCCUUAUCCCUGGUGGCAGGUACUGCCACCACUCUGCCCUGAGAGUCAACACCAGCCUUUCCCCAGCAAGGACCACUUUACCCCCCCAGCACUGCGUUUGGAGGGUGACCCCAGGAGGUACGGGGCGGGGACCGUAUGUCCCAGAACGUUCCCCCAGGGAAGCUUUGCCUUAGUGUGGCCUUGAGGGCCUUAGCAGUGCAAUGAGGAGACAGAUGGAAUGCGCAGCCCCAUCUUUUGAGGAGACCUCUGCCCGGAGUGAGGUUAGUCAUGCUUCUGGCACAUGGACGAGUGUCCCUCUGUAUGCUGGGGUGGGGCUGCUUCAACAGCAAGCUUGCCCUCAGCCUUCGGGAGCAAUUCCGUUUUGAUCUGCAGCUGGAACACAGGGUCCUUUUCUGUGAAGCUUUAUUCUAAUGUCUUAUAAUUUCAAAGGUCCUGGCGUUCUGGAGGCCAGGGCGGGUCUCAUGUCUGUGGCUUUCUCUUUCAGGCCACCAAAAAGGGUUUUGUAGUCAGGCCAAGCCUGAGAGCAUUAAUUAUCCACCACUGGCUUUCAUCUUUGUGGCCGCUGUGCUCUAGAGACCUCAAAAUGCCUCUCUAGAGCCUGAAGGUGGGCUGACCCCUCAGAGCUGCCAUGUGUCCUGGAACCACCAACAGUCCUUGGCCCGGACUCAGUCAUUCAAGCUACUGAGGUACAGUCUUGCUGACGCCAAAAAGCCAGCUCCAGGACCAUGCCCCAGAGCAUGUUUGCUCAUCACCCUGGGACCAGCCCAGGAGGGUUGUUUCUGAAGCUGGUUUCCUCCCCAGCUGGUGUUCUUGGAGAGAAGAACUUAGUCUCUGCACAAUGGCACCUGGUCUGUCAUUGGUUCAGGGAUGGAGUGUUUGUAGGUCAUAAAGAAGCUCAUUUAAAGUCACACUAUUGUUGCAAACACACAGUACACACAUACAUGUAGGGGAAACACCCAUACACAAAAUAAGUAAGGGGGGUGCUGGCAGGUCACCUGGUAAGAACACUGGAUGUCCUUCCAGGGGACCUGAGUUCAGUUCUCAGCACCCACCUGGCAACUAACAGCAGUCUACAAUUCAAGUUUCAGGGGAUCCAAUGCCCUCUUUUCUGGCCUCCAAGGACACUGCAUGCAUAUGGUGCACAGCCACACAUGCAGGCAAAACACCCAUAUACUUAAAAGAAAAACAGGUCGUGCUAUCUCAGGCUGUGGUGUGGCAUGAUGGCAAAGCACUUGCUUGGCACAUGCAAGGCUCUGGGCUCCAUCCACAGCAGUACAUGAAGCAGUGAUCCGGGGUGGCACAUGCCUGUAGUCAUAUUUGGAAAGUGGAGGCAGGAGGGCCAGAAGUUCAAGGUCACAUCCUCAGUUCUAGUUCUAGUUUGAAGCCUCCCUGAGCUACAUGAGACCCUGUUUCAAAAACAAAAUAAAAAAUAGUUAAUAGUG